AUGGUCUGCGUAUUUCCGUUGCUAAUAUUUUAUUUUGUGUCGAAUUUUGCGCCAGUCUCGGUCAAUGGAGAUGGUUUAUACUUUAUUAACCUUACAACUUCGGAUACCAAGGUCCCGUCCGUUCCAACAACAUAUUGGUGCGUAGUGGAAAAAAUGCCGGAGAGGCUGUUGAGUCAGAAGCAUCAUUUGGUUAAGCUCGAACCGAUCCUACAACCCUAUGUUCCAGGGCUGAUCCAUCACGUUAGGCUUUUCGGAUGCGAAUCAACAGCUACAACGCCAUACAAUGGACCAUGCGACGAGAUCGACGGUGCAAAACGUUGCAAAAAGGAGAUUGCUGCCUGGGGAAUUGGUUCGGCUGGGGCCUUCAUCCUCCCGGAAGAAGCGGGGUAUUCAAUCGGCGGUCCAGACAUUGUGCCGUACUACAUGAUCGAGAUCCACUACAACAAUGCCCCGCAGAAAUCUGGCCUUGUCGACAGCUCAGGAUUGAGGUUGAGCGUCACCUCCAGACUUCGCCCCUACGAUGCAGGCGUCCUAUUAAUCGGUACCCCGGCCAUGUCGAAAUCGAUGGUGAUCCCGCCUGGACAAAGAGAUUUUGCUUUCAAAGGACUUUGUCCAAAGGAGUGUACUGGAAAUUUUCCUCCCACCGGCAUCAAAGUUUUUGGCAGUGAACUCCAUGCUCACGCAAGCGCCACGAAGCUUUGGACAACGAUCGAACGGGAAGGCAAAGCCAUCGGUGACCUAGCCAGGCUCGACCCAUUUGUCCCGGCUGAGCGACAUCUCCAGUUGUUUGACCCGCCAAUAACUAUCAUGCCAGGUGAUGCUCUAACUACAGUAUGCCUCUACGACUCGACAAAUCGUACGGAAACGACUUUUAGUGGUCCUGGCCAUUCCAAUGAAAUGUGUAUCAAUUUCCUGCUGUAUUAUCCGACGGUGGAAGUGGGAUAUUGUUUUAGUGAGCCAAAAGCUGAAGCUGUGGAUGAGUUCUUUAGCAAAAAAGAACGACAUAACACAACAAACCCAUUUGCAAAUUUAACCUGGACCGAUGGCGAGGCACGGCAUUUAGAAGAGCUUUAUGAAACUGGGCCCAACAAGUUUAGUUGUCUCAACAAGGAAGGAGGGCCAAUUGUUGUUCCAUCAGUACCAACAACCUAUUGGUGUGAAGUUGUGAAAAUGCCCGAUCGGCUGAUGAUCCAGAAACAUCACCUAAUCAAGUUUGAGCCAAUCUUGUACCCCCACAUCCCAGGCCUUGUUCACCACAUUCGACUUUUUGGAUGUGAUGCAACAACCGCAGGUCCAUAUAGCGGACUUUGCGACAAAUUUGGUUUAAAGCAAUGCAAGAGAGACAUCGCGGCUUGGGGGAUCAACUCGGCAGGGGCGUUCAUCCUCCCCAAAGAAGCCGGCUUCCCCUUCGGUGGGCCGGAAGUUGUCCCCUAUUACAUGAUCGAGAUCCACUACCACAACCACGCUGAAAAAGUCGGACUCAUCGACAAUUCGGGGUUGAAGCUGACUGUCACUUCCAGUUUGAGGCCCUACGAUGCUGGUGUUCUACUGCUUGGUACUCCAGCUACUUCCAAAGCUAUGGUGAUACCACCAUCGCAGCGGGAUUUUCCUUUGAAAAGCGUUUGUACGAAGGAUUGUACUGCUCUUUUCCCAACUACUGGUCUCAAGAUUUUUGGCAGCGAACUUCAUGCUCAUGGUGCUGCGACAAAGGUUUGGACGAGUAUCGAGCGGGACGGCAAACCAAUCAGCGAUUUCUCGCGAAUCGACCCAUUUCGGGCGGCAGAUCAACACUUUGUGAUGUUCGAUCCGCCAAGGACGCUAAUGCCAGGUGAUUCCCUUACUACUGUCUGCGUCUAUGAUACCACCAAUCGAACUGAGACGACUUUUAGCGGCCCUGGGCAUUCUGAUGAAAUGUGCGUCAACUUUUUAUUGUAUUACCCGGCCGUCGAAGUGGGAUACUGCUUGAGCGAGUUGCAAGAUGAAGCUCUUGUGGAAUUUUUCGAGAAUAGACAAGAAGAAGAGCAGCUUGAGCGACGAGGGACGCAUUCUAUGCAUAAAUUAUCGUGCCCGCAAGGAGUG